UACAUGCUUUGUAAGUAGGAAAACCUGCAAAAUCGGCAGUGUAUCAAAUACUUGUUCUCCCCACUGUAUAUAUGCCUCAUGAGCUUAGUUCAACUGUUGUACCCCAUCAGAACCCCAAAUAUAAAUUUGUUUUACUCCUUUGUUUGUAAACAGUGUAAUUGUAAACAAAAACAGAAUCUCCACAAAACAUGGUUAAAACUAUGUUUCUGAUAUCAUUGAUGGUUAGUCCUUGUAUCCAUAGCGCUGUCCAUGGAUGUGAGAGGGGUUACAUUUCUCCAGCCCCAUCCCUCAGCUGUUUACCAAAUCAGUGGCAGGGUGGAUGCUUUGUAUUGUUGAAUCGCAGAGUGCCCAUUUAAUAACAGUUGAUACUACUCCUACCUAGCCAGUUGCUUUAGCUUUGUCUUGUGGUGGGCUUCUGUUCUUCUUUCUUACUUCUCUGGGCUGCACUUUGUUUUUUUCUCAGCAUGUCUGCAUUGAGCUCAGCUUUUUCUUUUAUGCCUUUUUCUUCUUCCUGGAAAAAAAGAGAGCAGCAACUGUUUGUGUUGUGUUGUAUUUUAAUUCACGCUGUUGUAUUGACAUGUCCUCCAUGUUACUCCCUGACAUGUCCUCCAUGUUACUCCCUGACCUGCCCUCCAUGUUACUCCCUGACCUUCCCUCCAUGUUACUCCCUGACCUGCCCUCCAUGUUACUCCCUGACCUGUCCUCCAUGUUACUCCCUGACAUGUCCUCCAUGUUACUCCCUGACAUGUCCUCCAUGUUACUCCCUGACCUGCCCUCCAUGUUACUCCCUGACCUUCCCUCCAUGUUACUCCCUGACAUGUCCUCCAUGUUACUCCCUGACCUGCCCUCCAUGUUACUCCCUGACCUUCCCUCCAUGUUACUCCCUGACCUGCCCUCCAUGUUACUCCCUGACCUGUCCUCCAUGUUACUCCCUGACCUUCCCUCCAUGUUACUCCCUGACCUUCCCUCCAUGUUACUCCCUGACCUUCCCUCCAUGUUACUCCCUGACCUGCCCUCCAUGUUACUCCCUGACCUGCCCUCCAUGUUACUCCCUGACCUGCCCUCCAUGUUACUCCCUGACCUGCCCUCCAUGUUACUCCCUGACCUUCCCUCCAUGUUACUCCCUGACCUGUCCUCCAUGUUACUCCCUGACCUGUCCUCCAUGUUACUCCCUGACCUGCCCUCCAUGUUACUCCCUGACAUGUCCUCCAUGUUACUCCCUGAACUGCCCUCCAUGUUACUCCCUGACCUGUCCUCCAUGUUACUCCCUGACCUGCCCUCCAUGUUACUCCCUGACCUGUCCUCCAUGUUACUCCCUGACCUGACCUCCAUGUUACUCCCUGACCUGCCCUCCAUGUUACUCCCUGACCUGCCCUCCAUGUUACUCCCUGACCUGCCCUCCAUGUUACUCCCUGACCUGCCCUCCAUGUUACUCCCUGACCUGUCCUCCAUGUUACUCCCUGACCUGCCCUCCAUGUUACUCCCUGACCUUCCCUCCAUGUUACUCCCUGACAUGUCCUCCAUGUUACUCCCUGACCUGCCCUCCAUGUUACUCCCUGACCUUCCCUCCAUGUUACUCCCUGACCUGCCCUCCAUGUUACUCCCUGACCUGUCCUCCAUGUUACUCCCUGACCUUCCCUCCAUGUUACUCCCUGACCUUCCCUCCAUGUUACUCCCUGACCUUCCCUCCAUGUUACUCCCUGACCUGCCCUCCAUGUUACUCCCUGACCUGCCCUCCAUGUUACUCCCUGACCUGCCCUCCAUGUUACUCCCUGACCUUCCCUCCAUGUUACUCCCUGACCUGUCCUCCAUGUUACUCCCUGACCUGUCCUCCAUGUUACUCCCUGACCUGCCCUCCAUGUUACUCCCUGACAUGUCCUCCAUGUUACUCCCUGAACUGCCCUCCAUGUUACUCCCUGACCUGUCCUCCAUGUUACUCCCUGACCUGCCCUCCAUGUUACUCCCUGACCUGUCCUCCAUGUUACUCCCUGACCUGUCCUCCAUGUUACUCCCUGACCUGACCUCCAUGUUACUCCCUGACCUGCCCUCCAUGUUACUCCCUGACCUGCCCUCCAUGUUACUCCCUGACCUGCCCUCCAUGUUACUCCCUGACCUGCCCUCCAUGUUACUCCCUGACCUGCCCUCCAUGUUACUCCCUGACCUGUCCUCCAUGUUACUCCGUGACCUGCCCUCCAUGUUACUCCCUGACCUGCCCUCCAUGUUACUCCCUGACCUGCCCUCCAUGUUUCUCCCUGACAUGUCCUCCAUGUUACUCCCUGACCUGCCCUCCAUGUUACUCCCUGACCUGCCCUCCAUGUUACUCCCUGACAUGUCCUCCAUGUUACUCCCUGACCUGUCCUCCAUGUUACUCCCUGACCUGCCCUCCAUGUUACUCCCUGACCUGCCCUCCAUGUUACUCCCUGACAUGUCCUCCAUGUUACUCCCUGACCUGCCCUCCAUGUUACUCCCUGACCUGUCCUCCAUGUUACUCCCUGACCUGCCCUCCAUGUUACUCCCUGACCUGUCCUCCAUGUUACUCCCUGACCUGUCCUCCAUGUUACUCCCUGACCUGUCCUCCAUGUUACUCCCUGACCUGUCCUCCCUGUUACUCCCUGACCUGCCCUCCAUGUUACUCCCUGACCUGUCCUCCAUGUUACUCCCUGACCUGUCCUCCAUGUUACUCCCUGACCUGUCCUCCCUGAUACUCCCUGACCUGCCCUCCAUGUUACUCCCUGACCUGUCCUCCAUGUUACUCCCUGACCUGUCCUCCAUGUUACUCCCUGACCUGUCCUCCAUGUUACUCCCUGACAUGUCCUCCCUGUUACUCCCUGACCUGCCCUCCAUGUUACGCCCUGACCUGUCCUCCCUGUUACUCCUUGACCUGUCCUCCCUGUUACUCCCUGACCUGCCCUCCAUGUUACUCCCUGACCUGUCCUUCAGGUUACUCCCUGACCUGUCCUCCAGGUUACUCCCUGACCUGUCCUCUCUGUUACUCCCUGACCUGUCCUCCAUGUUACUCCCUGAGCUGUCCUCCAGGUUACUCCCUGACAUGUCCUCCAUGUUACUCCCUGACCUGUCUUCCAGGUUACUCCCUGACCUGUCCUCCAUGUUACUCCCUGACCUGUCCUCCAUAUUAUCCCCUGACCUGUCCUCCAUGUUACUCCCUGACCUGCCCUCCAUGUUACUCCCUGAUCUGUCCUCCAUGUUACUCCCUAACCUGUCCUCUCUGUUACUCCCUGACAUGUCCCCCCUGUCCCCCCUGUUACCCCCUGACAUGUCCUCUCUGUUACUCCCUGACCUGUCCCCCCUGUUACCCCCUGACAUGUCCUCCCUGUUACUCCCUUAAUCUCUGUGUAUAUGUAUAGGGCACUUGUUUAUAAGACCUAUUUAACAGUCACCAGGCAGACCCUGAAUGUUCUUGUUUUUUUGUAUAUAUUUUUACAGUAUUUUACAAUAGUCUGUCGGACAUGCUCCUCUUCCUCUUGUGUACUGUUGUAAGCGUCAUUGUACGAUGAAAUAUCAAGAAUAUAAGAAGUAUUUUAUUCAUAUUCAUAGUAAACUUAUGGCAGACGUUUUAUAAUAACCUGCCAGCUACUAUAUUAAGCUUAUAUUGUAUCAUACAUUAUACAGUAUAUGUACUUUUACAAUAUAUCCUGGUGAAUAUGCAUAAAAUAAACAUACAGAGUUGAUAUUAUACAUUCCCUGUAUUUAAAUGUCCUGAAAGUGUUCUGUGAUAAUCAUGUGUUUUUAUGUAGUAUUCUUCUGUAUGUAAAGGGGCAACAAAGGCACCAGCACAAUCUGAGUAUUAUCUAAAAGCCUAUGUUUCUAUCAAACAAUGAUGAGACUGAGAAAGGAGACCUAGCGAAGUGGGACAGUGCCACAAUCAAUUCCCAUCAUGAUUUCAACUCUCUGGUCUGAAUUAUUUUGAAGAGAGUGAGAGAGGCAUUCUUCUUUAAAUUGUUUGCAUGAUUUACUUUGAAGGUAGUUGUUACUCAUGUCAGAGAGUAAUCUUUUGCUGUUGUUGCUACACAAAAAAAAACCAGACAUGGAAUAAUGUAACAGGUGAAUGUGAAACGUGGAAUGUGUGAGGAUUGCCUUGCAGGGGAGCGGCAAUGCAUUUACUGGCGAAAUAUGUAUGGAAGCUUAUCCAUGCCAUAUCCUUAAUCAAUGUAAAUAAAAAUAAUCGACAUAGCCAUUUCUUGACAUACCUUCAGUUUCAAACAUUCACUGGAGAAUGUCAUAUAGUUGCGUAAUAUGUUUGAAGGAUAGACAUUUUCUACUCAGGCUUUCAAACGUCGCCUUGAACAGCUGUGUUGCCAGCAUCCUACCAGCAGAGAGAGCUGUUUAGCAGGACAUUCAGUUAACUUUCAGCCAUAACAUUGCUGCCCCCGCACUGCACAAGCUUUUUAGGGUGGCCCAUUCGCAGUCUCUGGCUAGGGAGUACUGCGGAGCUAUCUGUGAUCGUUGACAGAUAGUUGUGUGUGUGUGUGUGUGUGUGUGUGUGUGUGUGUGUGUGUGUGUGUGUGUGUGUGUGUGGGGCGCGCGUGUGCGCACGUGCGAAUGCGUACAUCUGAGGAGAUGUGUUUUUGUUCUGUAGGUUCGUGAAUGUCAUUGAAUGCAGUAUGCUGCGACCUGGCUGUUCUGCUGUAGGUUCGUGAAUGUCAUUGAAUGCAGUAUGCUGCGACCUGGCUGUUCUGCUGUAGGUUCGUGAAUGUCAUUGAAUGCAGUAUGCUGCGACCUGGCUGACCUGCUGUUCUACUAAGGAGCCUAUUUAAGGAAUGUGGCUGAGGAGGAUAUUCUAGCCGGCAGAUUCAUGUAAUGUUUUGAAGCAGGAAUGGUUUAUCCAUCGCAUGUAGUUACCUUGCUGGAAAAAAAACAUCUGUACAAUUUUAGUACAGACAAUUGAAUGUUAAGUCAAAGUUUCACUUGGUGUAUUUUGCCUCGCGUCUUUUCCUAUCUCACUUCAGCUAUUUUUCCAUUUGUCACCUUCCUUUUCCAUGAUCUCUUUCCACUCCAACCUCAUACCGUCUCUAUUUUUCCCCUUCACUCAUCCUCCUCUCUCGCGUCACUUCCUUUCCCCCUUGUCAGUUUGCUCUGCCCUCUGUCUCAGUCGUCAUCUCACUGCUAUCACUCUCCUACACCAUCUUUUGGGAAGCUGCCUUCAUCAUCAUCAUCUGCUUGUGUAUAUUGUUACUGUUACUGAUGACAUAUACCUUGAAUUGUAUUGUAACUUGAUGUUACUGCUGUGAUAUUACUGCUUGGUACUUGUAUUUACUGAUAGUGUUUGACACUUGUGGCAUAUGUGAUCAGGUUAGUCUAUCACAGAAGGACAUGUCACCUCGGGACAUUGGAGGGUACAAGGUAUGAGGGCCCUUUACAUACAAAUGGACGUUGUGUAGUUCAAUCAACAGGUGAACCACACUGAAAAUGUCAUCUUCGACACACUAUUUCUUCAUACGUUGGGGUCUAUGCAGUACGUGCCCUGUUCCCUCUGGCCCAGGCACUAACCAUGAGGGAGAGAGGCACAGACAGUUUGAUACGGUACGCUGUCUGUUGUACAGCAGUAUGAUAGUCAGGACUCCGCGUCAAGCUCAGCGAGCUCUCUAUGCCCCACCCUGCCACCCCGCCCCCUCUGACGUUAUCACAGAGCAGCUGCAGGGUCUCCAUGGCACUGGUUUGCAUGGAAACCGCUAGUUCCCUCCAAGUGUGUCAAAUGUGCCUAUUUGAUUGUGACAUUUCCGGGAAAUAAAAUCUAAAUGUUGGCUCCUUGAUACUGAAAUGAGAGCCUAGGUGUUACUGUAUGUUUGACCCUUUCCCAGCCAGCACUUCUGAAUGUGACAUGUGUGUAUAUACUGUAUAUAUACAGCAUGAGAUAAUAUUAUAAUGGUCUGCUUUCCUUUGUAUUAUGUUUAGAGUAUUUAAUGAAAGGUUAAUAUAUAGAACAACAUUUUUGUCCUGCAGUUCAUUGUCAUGAUUUUUUUUAAAUUAUAAAGCUGAAUGAAGGAAAAGUUGUUGUAUUUCUGCUGUUUUCUGCUAAUGUGUUGUAGACACCACACCAAGCCACCAAUGCAUUCAAAACUGUGAUAUAGUGUACUACAGUGGGGUUCUGACUGAUUUCAGUUGUCUUAGACUGCUGCCAAGGAGAGACGUUUGAAAUGUUUUUACUUGGAUAGUUCUACUCAUUUUAGCUGUACACGUGUCGACUUGCCUGUUAAAACCUCACUUCUUUAAGGAAACAUUGUUUGUAUAUGAGCUCUUCUGGGGAGGCAUAGCGGGGAAAAUAAAAGUGUUUCAAAAAGUGA